AUGAGGUUCAACAUACAAUUCUGCCUCAUAACUACCACGACUAUCGCUUUCAGUCUAGGCGACACCCAAUCUCCGCUUUUUGGUCAAUCGCCGAGCAUCCAACAAUCACCGCCGCUGCUUGAACUACACAAAUCCCUCGUCGAGCAAGCAUCUAUCACAGGUUCAGAAAACCGCGUCGCCGACUUUCUCACGAAGUAUCUCGAAGAUGAUGGGUUUACUGUCGAGACACAGACCGUGGCUAAGAAUCGAAACAACAUAUUAGCCUACUACGGUGACACGAGAAAGACUCGGGUUCUUGUGACGUCUCAUCUUGACACUGUUCCGCCGUAUUGGCCUUACGAAACACGUGGUGAUGAGAUAUGGGGCAGAGGCACUGUUGAUGCAAAAGGCAGUAUAGCUUCCCAGGUCAUUGCGGUUCAAGAAUUACAGAAGAAGAAUAUGAUUAGCUCGGGAGACGUUGCACUUCUAUUCGUGGUGGGUGAAGAGACUGGCGGAGAUGGUAUGAAAGCCGCAAAUGAGCUGGGCUUGUCGUGGGAGUCUGUCAUAUUUGGAGAGCCCACGGAACUCAAGCUUGCCAGGGGACACAAAGGCGGUUUGCGCUUCACUGUCAGAGCAAAAGGGAAAGCCGGACACUCCGGGUAUCCCGAGACUGGUAGCAACGCCAUUGACAGUCUUGUUCGCGGGCUGUCAGCACUCCAGCAAGCCCAUCUUCCGUGGAGCAAUCAGUUUGGUAACACUACUAUCAAUAUCGGUAGAAUAGAGGGCGGUGUUGCUCCAAAUGUCAUCCCAGCAGAUGCCUCGGCCACAGGUAGUGUAAGAAUUGCAGCUGGGUCGGCCGACGAGAUGAAAGAUAUCGUCUCGCAGACUAUCGAGGAAAUUGACACGGCUCUGGCUGUUGACUUCAGCACAUAUGCUGUCGAUCCAGUACCCCUUGACUACGAUGUUGCUGGCUUUGAUACAAUUGUCGUCAACUAUGGAACCGACAUUCCAUCACUAAAGGGCAGCCACAAGAAAUAUCUCACUUGA